AUGACCUUUCAUUCAUUGAUUUCCCUUUCUUCCUUUCCUUUCCUUCUUUCUUUCUUUCUUUCUUUCUUUCUUUCCACUUGUCAUUCUUUCUUUCUUUCUUUCUUUCCGUUUGUUAUUCCCUAUUUCUUUUCGCUUGUCUUUCUUUUUCUUUUUUCUUUCUUUCUUUCUUUCUUUCUUUCUUUCUUUCUUUUUUCCGCUUCUGUCUUUUUAUCAUUAUUUUCUCAUUAUUUCUUUUUCUUUCUUUCUUUCUUUCAAUAUUUCUUUCUUUCUUUCUUUUUUCAAUCUUUCUUUCUUCUUAUCAUUCUUUUUUUACUUUCUUUUCGCUUGUCAUUCUUUCUUUCUUUCUUUCUUUCUUUCUCUCUUUCUUCUUCAUUCUUAUCAUUCUUUAUCUUCAUUUCUUACCGCUUGUCCUUAUUCUUUCUUUCUUUCUUUCUUUCUUUCUUUCUUUCUUUCUUUCUUUCUUUCCGCUAUCUGUUUCUAUCUAUCUAUCUAUCUAUCUAUCUAUCUAUCUAUUCAUCUAUCUAUCUAAGUCUCUUUCUUAUAUUCUUCCAUCUAUCUCAGUCUGUUCCUUAUCUAUCUAUCUAUCUAUCUAUCUAUCUAUCUAUCUAUCUAUCUCAGUCUGUUUCUAUCUAUCUAUCUAUUCUCAUUCAUCUAUCUAUCUCAGUCUGUUUAUUUCAAUUUCUUUCUUUCUUUUUUUCUUUCCAUUCUGUUUCUAUCUAUCUAUUUAUGACAAUGUCGUUCUUCUUUUUUUCCAUAACCUCUCUUUUUUCUUAUACUUUCUCCUUCUUCUUUCUUUCUUUCUUUCUUUCUUUCUUUCUUUCUUUCUUAGUUUUACUUUGCCCUUUUCUUUUAUCUUCCUUUGUUUUCGUUACUUUUCUUUUUCAUGAUUCUUUUUUCUCUUAUAUUUUCUUUCUUUUGAUAUUUUUCUCCUCCUUGCUUUCUUUUUACUUCCCCUUCCUUUCUUCAUUUCCUUUUUUCUUUUUUUCUUUCUUCUUUUCUUUUUUAGAUCUAUUUUCCUCGUUUCAUUUAUCUUCCUUUCUUUUCGCUUUCUCUUCUUUUUCUUUCAUUCAUUCGAGAAUUUCUUUUAUCUUUUUCUUUCUUUCGGCUUCUCUUCUUUUGUGUCUUUCUUUAUGCUAUCACUUCCUUUCCUCCAUUCUUUUCAUUUUUCUUUCUUUCUUUCUUUCUUUCUUUCUUUCUUUCUUUCUUUUCGUCUUCUUUUUCUUUUUUCUUUCACCCUUUCUUUCUUUCUUUCUUUCUUUCUUUUCUUUUUUUCUUUCUUUCAUAUUCUUUCUUUCUUUCUUUCUUUUCUCAAUUCCGAAUCUUUUUCACUCUAACUUAAAUUCCUUCUCUGUAAUUUUUUCUUCAGUCUUUCUUUUCUUCAUUAUCUUUCUCAAAACCAUCAUGGCUGCUUUUCGCUCCCAAUAUUCAUUUUCUGCCUUUCAUUCAUUCAUUCAUUCAUUCAUUCAUUCGUUUCUUCCUGUUCUAUUUCCUGUUCUGUCAUUAUCCAUGUAUGUAUGUAUGUAUGUAUGUAUGUAUGUAUCUAUCUAUCUAUCUAUCUAUCUCAUUCUGUUGCUAUCUAUCUAUCUAUCUAUCUAUCUAUCUCAUUCUGUGGCUAUCUAUCUAUCUAUCUAUUUAUCUAUCUAUCUAUCUAUCUAUCUAUCUAUCUAUCUAUCUCAUUCCGUUACUAUCUAUCUAUCUAUCUAUCUAUCUAUCUAUCUAUCUAUCUAUCUAUCUAUCUCAUUCUGUUGCUAUCUAUCUAUCUAUCUAUCUAUUUAUCUAUCUAUCUAUCUCAUCCCGUUACAAUCUAUCUAUCUCUCUAUCUCAUUCUGUUGCUAUCUAUCUAUCUAUCUAUCUAUCUAUCUAUCUAUCUAUCUAUCUAUCUCAUUCCGUUACUAUCUAUCUAUCUAUCUAUCUAUCUAUCUAUCUAUCUAUCUCAUUCUGUUGCUAUCUAUCUAUCUCAUUCUGUUGCUAUCUAUCUCAUUCCGUUACAAUCUAUCUCUCUAUCUAUCUCAUUCUGUUGCUAUCUAUCUAUCUAUCUAUGUAUCUAUCUAUCUAUCUAUCUAUCUAUCUAUCUAUCUCAUUCCGUUACUAUCUAUCUAUCUAUCUAUCUAUCUAUCUAUCUCAUUCCGUUACUAUCUAUCUAUCUAUCUAUCUCAUUCCGUUACUAUCUAUCUAUCUAUCUAUCUAUCUCAUUCUGUUGCUAUCUAUCUAUCUAUCUAUCUAUCUCAUUCUGUUGCUAUCUAUCUCAUUCCGUUACAAUCUAUCUAUCUCUAUAUCUAUCUCAUUCUGUUGUUAUCUAUCUAUCUAUCUAUCUAUCUAUCUAUCUAUCUAUCUAUCUAUCUAUCUAUCUAUCUCAUUCUGUUGCUAUCUAUCUAUCUAUCUAUCUAUCUAUCUAUCUAUCUAUCUAUCUCAUUCCGUUACAAUCUAUUUAUCUCUCUAUCUCAUUCUGUUGCUAUCUAUCUAUCUAUCUAUCUAUCUAUCUAUCUAUCUAUCUAUCUCAUUCCGUUACUAUCUAUCUAUCUAUCUAUCUAUCUAUCUAUCUAUCUAUCUAUCUAUCUAUCUAUCUCAUUCCACUUCUACUUUUUUUUUCGAACGUUUUCUUUGCAUUUUUAUCUUUAUAUUGGUUUCUUUUUGUUAUUUUCCGUUCCUUUUAAUCAUCCUUCUCUUUCUUCAUUCUUUUAUAGACAUUUUUCAUUCAAGCGAUUUCUUUUUCAUCUAUAUCCUUUUUUAAAAUUCUCUCUACUCCUUUAUUUCAUUCUUUCCUUUCUUUAUGCCAUAAGACUCUUUUUUUCUUUCUCACCUCUCUAA